AUGGGUUCCAAUAUUGAAACCCUAUUCGAUCCAGCUGGAAUCUUGAACAAUGAACGCACAAGCCAGCUUGUUAGGGCACUUGUUGAGGGAGUUCCUCCGGAGUCAAAGGUUCUCUCCGUAGGAUGUACGACAUCCCUACCUAUUCUCUCUCUGCUUUCCUCCGCCAGUCACCAUAUCUACGGCAUUGACGGGUCUCAAAAGACCCUCGACUUUGCCCAAACCCAAGUUUCUGGACAAUUUGAGCAAGCUCCCGCGGUGGAAUACUUGCCGCAGAGCUCAUUCGAUGUUAUUUUGGGAAUUUUCUCCUUACAUGAGAUGAACCGGGCACAAGUCCGUUCGCUCGUCUUUAAGAUGGGCGAUUGGCUAAAGCCUGGUGGUUUCAUUCUCCUGGCUACAUCGCCAAUCGAUUACCUCGAUACUGAAUCACGUCAUAACAUUGUCGACGAUUGCAUUCGCGAUUAUCCACUGAAUCUGUUCGGAAAUUCAGUUCAUUCUACACUGUUCUCCAGAAACGAAUGGAUUUCCAUGUUCGAGAAAGCGGGCGUUUCCCUGGACAAUGAAGCAUAUCUCACCGUUUCAGCCACAGCCGAUCGUCCAUCUCAACACCACUCCUUUAUGAGUUUCCGCAAGUCUGUCAAGCAUUCAAUCCUAGGGCCCUACCCUCUUCCCGAGGAGUAUCGGGGCCCCAUUCCUCUUAGCGAAGCAGCUUGGAAGCCGUUCGUGGACCGGCUAGUUCGUGAUGAAUUCGACUUCGUUCUGCAGGUUCUGGAAAGCAACCAACAGGUGCUAGACGUUGGUAGUGGAUAUGGAAAACUCCCGAUCGAAGUUGCUGCCAGAACUGGAAAGGCCUACUCCAUCGAGCCCAACGCCGAUCGCAAUAGCAUCCAGACAGCAAAUGCUCGCGACCGCGGCGUCGAAAUCGCACAAGGAUCUGCCGAGAACAUACCGUACCCAGACGCUCACUUUGACGCCGUCGUCGCGAUGUGGGUAAUGCACUACGUGCAGGACCUGGAGAAAUCACUGCGCGAAAUAGUACGAGUGACGGAUCGGUCCGCGCCUAACUCUCGCAUUGUGAUCGUCCAAGGGGCGCCGGACAAUGAGAUUAUUGACCUGAUGAACACCGUCUGUGCGCCCCUUAGUGCGUCCAACCCGCUUCCAAAUCACCAGGGCUAUCUACUGCACAAGGCAGCUGAGGUAUUUGCUGCCUGUGAGUUCGGAAAUAUCACGUUCCAUCGAGUUGAUGCGUACUGUGAGUUCACGGAGCAGGAUCUCUCGGAUCGUUGCGAGCAGGCUGCAGGUGUGAUUGCGGGACUAUGGUGCCUGGAUGAUAGCAAUUUUAAUGGGAUGAAGCAGGCGUUGAUUCCUCGACUUCGUUUCCAUUUCUUGGAUCGUCCGCAUGCCAUUGGUGAUCAGGUGGCGGUUCUGGUGGCGAGGCCGAGUGAAGAUGUUUAA